ACCUACCCGUCCUGGAUACUAGUUUCACCGAAAAACAUCAACAUAGUAACCCGGGAAAGGCGACCUCCGAGAGACGGGUGAAAUUUCCUUAAACAAACCCCACAGCUGUUUCAGAGGCGAUGUUUUUUUUUUUUUUUUUUUAUGGUGAAAUAAUGGGCGUAUGUUGCCGGAAAAAGUUGGCAGUUUUGUUACUGUAGCUUUUGGCUAGUUGAUUAGCUAACGUUAGCCGGCUAACGCUAACGCUAGCAAACAGAAACCCAAGAAAAACCAAAAGAGAAGCUGGAGGAUUUACGAGUUUCGAAUAAUGAGCACAGCAGCGUAAAUGUGGACAACUAGACACAUCGGAUCGUCCCCCUAAAGGUGAGUGGGAGAGAUGAGGAGCAGCAGAACGACUGAAGUACCCCAGAAAAGAUCUGAUCACAGUAUUGACAGAGAGCUGACGGCUGCAUGGAAAGGUUUGGCUCAGUCCAAAGCUGCUCUGCGGCAUAUAGAAAACCGCUUGGAGGCCACUCCAGGAACCGGUGCUCUUCUGGACUCCAUCCCCAUCUCCCCCAAGAAGAAAACAUUGAGAACAUCUCACAACAGGGACGGACAUGGAGCUGACGUGUCUAGCGGGACUUCAAAACCCAGGGGUGAAAAUCAGCGGAGUCCAGCGAAGGGCAACUCACGGAGCCCUUUGAGAAAUGCCACCCAGGACAGCAAUGUACGGAAGACCAGCGGUGUGGAGUUCAGGGACCCUCUGGCCUCGUACAGGGAGACCACCCCUCCUUCGCAUCCCUUUUCUCAGCUGGAGGCCUACAAUCUGCAGUCGGUGCCAGGGUCUUCAUACACAUCCUCUCCGCCUUACUCGGAUCCUCUGCCGGACCGGCUGGUCUACCAGAGAGACACCAGGGACAAGCAGACCGACGGGGACCUGGACAGCACGCGCUCCUCUGCACUGGAGAGCGCCGAGGUGCGCUACCUCAACGACCAGCCGGUCUUGGACAGCCUGAAGGACACUCACAAAGCACCGCUGCUUAUGGAUAACCGCGAAACAAACCCGUGUUUAGCCCGGACCUCCGGCUCUUCGCGGCAAGGGGAAAGCUCUCCUUCCACGAGUCCCGGCUCGGUUUACCAGCGGCUGGAAAACCUGAGGCGACAUCAGCCGGACGACAAGCUGGAGAAACUGAAGGAGCGCAUCCGAAGGCAGAGACAGCAUUUACAGGAGACUCCAGACAGAGAAGAGCUGCGGGGUCAUCUGGAGAAGCCCAUUGUUGCCUGUGCGGAGGGUGACAACGUUGGUUCAAGCAGCAUGCCAGCAGCCAAGAUACGCAAAGUGACAUCAGCACCGCCAGCGCCUAUAUACAAAGGUUUCAACAGCACAGAGACAAAGAUCCAGGCCCCUGAUGGCAAAGUUUGGAAAGAGGAGGAAUUUCACAGCAUCAGCAGAGAAAUCUACAGAGACAUAUCCCAUCAAUUUCCUGAGAGCACCAAAUCCAAGCAUCAACACCAGAGGGAACAGAGAGCAGAAAGGUCCAAAGAGAGGAGGCCGUCGAAACCAAUCCGGAAGGUCCAUAAAGUCGCUUCGGUAUCUGAGCAGAAUUCAAAACCAGUGAUUAGCCCUGCAUCAUGGCGCGAGGGCCAGAAGCUGGUAAAGAUGGUGCUAGGUCCCGCUCCAAAGCUACCCAGAGAGGAGCACGGUUCCCACCCAGCUGGCAGACGGACCCAAGCAGCUUCCCGUCCCCACUCAGAACACAACAGGCGCUCCCGGCCAAACAGCACGGAGAGGCCUGGCAGUGGCUUUCAGGAGAAAACCGCCAGCCGCCCCGCGACCUCAUACAAUCCCUCGUCCUCGGCUCAGGACAAGCCGCCGAGGGGAGGGAAGGCAGAUGCUUUGGCCGUAGACAUCCAGGGGAUUCUUGACGACCUCCAGCUGGACAGCAAACCAGCUGAAGCGGCAGAGCGAUCUCGUAAAAGAUCUCGGGGUGGCAGCGGCGGCAGGAGAGGAAGAGGAGGGUCGGGUUCUGGGACGAGGGCUCCCGUCUCUGCUUGGGGAACCGCAGCGGGGGCGAACGCCAGCUCCAGAGGUAGCCGGAGCGCCAGUCCCACCAACCGGCAUCCCGAUGAUGCUAACGGAGCAAGCAGAAGUGACAAGAAGCGGCACUACGACGCCGACACGGUUCGCCAGUACAUCGCGCAACAGCAAGAGGAGAGAAAGAGGCGACAGGCGGAAGAGAAGCGGGCGGUUAAGGAGGAGGCGGAGAGGAGAAAUCUGAGGCUGGCGGAGCUUUACAAGAAGCAAAGACAGGUGGCUAAAACGGCGACCGUCUCCGCUGAGGCGGUCGCCGCCCCCGUCCAAAAGCGGCUGCAAGAGACCUACACCAAGCUGCUGCUGGAGGACGCCCGGCUCAGCGAGGAGACGCCGGCACAGCGUUCUGCACCCUUCAUUCAGAUGAGACCCAUGUACCAGCCGUCAGGGGAGUCGGACAAAGAGAACAAGAGAAUAGAGGUCCCACAGAGCCCCUCCAGCAGCGACAAGUCUUCAAACGAGCAGCCGCCACCGCCGUUGUCCAGGAAUGAUCUUGAAACGACCUCUUUGCUUCAGCCCGACCAUCUGAAUCCAGCUUUUCAGCCGUCAGUACCAUCCAACGAACAUCUCCUCUCUCAGCUGUUGAGGCUGGAGGCGGCAAUAGCUGCCAGCAACGUUAAAUACGCUGAACAGCCGGCCUCGGCGCCGCACCACCGGCCCCAGACCAGAGUGUCUCGCAUUGAAGCCCUGAAGGCCAAGGCCACGUCCCUCUCCCAGCGUAUCGAAACGGAGGCCCGGAGGUUCGCCGGACAAGAGAUCAACUACGGCGCCGCGACUUCGGUUGAUUUUGAUACCGUUUUGCCUCCCAGAAUCAAUAACCUGGAUGCUGAGCACUGGACAGAAGCCCGUGCUGCAGAAAAUAGCGACACGGCCUUCAGGAUGCACAGGGCUGCAGAUAUUACUUCAUAUCCCGGCGCAGGGAAUCUGCACGACUUAACCGAGAGGAAUGAGAAGACGCAUCCAUACGCGGCUUCUGCUGCUGCGAAUGGGACAACUUCAAACGGUUACGCUCUAGAAAGCAGGAGGAUGGUCGGUGACUUCAACCCGAAGGAGAGAGCAGAGAAACCAGCACAAAGAAUCCAAAGUAAAAAAGAGGAGAAUCUGCCGUAUCGGCCCGAUCUCCACGAUUCAAGUGCUGGCUCGAUUAGCGAGGGGCCCCUUCUGAGUGAAGGAAGUUUUUCUGAGGAAGAGGCGAGUCCUCCUCGCUACUCCGGUGACCGCGGCCCCAAUUCUGAUUUCCUGGAGGCGGCGGACUGCAGCGCAGAAAAGAGAAGGAAUCACAAGCGGCUGUUUGAGUUCCAGAGGGAGGCGGCCAGAUGUUCGGCCCUCAGCCCACCUUUUUCACAGCUCAAUGGCAGCAAAGCACCAUGGGAAGAGCUGAACAAAGGAAGCCCUCUGAGUGUAAUCAAUAUCUUCACGAAAAAUGUCCACGGCCACGGUAAAGCGAGCGAGAGAACUUCAGAGAGGAAUACGCCUCCUGGCCACGCAGCGCACUCUGGAAACGGCCAUGGAGAAGCAGAAGUCUACGAGGAUGACUUUGUUUCGUCACACAGCAGCAAAGCCAGCAGCCAGUUAAAGAGAGGCUCCAACUCACCCAGUCACUCACAGCGCAUCUCCCCUGGUUCGACGCCCGGCUCCUCGCCGCUUUCCAGGCAAUCCACUAGUAAAAGAGCAACCAUUUCAGACCAGAGUGAUGCGACUCUUAUAGAAGAGCAGAGGAGUUCACCGCUUUCAGAAGCUCCGUCCUCUGACCACGCCAGGAGAGCCUCAGACAAAAGUUUGAACCAAGCCCAGGGCAAAAGCACAGAUUCUGACACAUUAGGAGAACCUUCAGCACAUUCUCCCCAAAGAUCCAAACUGGUUUCAUCGUCCGGCUCUCCAGACCUCAGUUCCUCUCGAACAGCAGACUCUCCCAGUGAGCAUCUGAGGAGAAGCUCCAACAAGCCAAGAACAUCCAGCAGAGCAGAGUCACGGUCCACAGGUGAGCUGCAAUACUCACCUGCUGUCCUGCAGCACCGCAUGACAGCAGAGCUGCAGUACUUGGAGUCCAUUGAAGAGUCAUUCAAGCAGCUGGGAGACGUAGAGAGGCUGAUGGGCGUGUCCAUGGCCCAGCAAGAGAGCGCAUCAUUGGCCCAAAUGCUGAAGGCCAAGCAGCACCGCCAUGAGCGGGAGCUCUUUGAGCUGAAGAUCAAGACUGAGAGAGAAGCUCUGGAGGCAAAACUGCAACUUGAAGAAAACCGACAGAGAGUUGCCAGAGCUCAUUUAGAGCUGCAGGAAAACUUGGCAGCCUCACAAAAACAGACUUUGGAAGGUUUCCAGGAGUCAACUUCUAAGAUGAUGAGCCAACAGGCAGAAGCAGCACGAUACACAGCAGAUGCUGCCCGACACAUCAAGGAGAUGACAGACCUGGCCCGGGCCCAGAUUACCGGCCAUCUGAUAAUCCCGCCUGUUGCUGCUGAUUCUGCAGCGUCGGACCAGCAGGAGGAACAAAAUAGGUCCUACACAAAGUCACAAGACAGCAAGGCUGAGUCUAACAGUUUUAAAAGUGAUGUUUCAAACCGAAGGACCAGGUCUGGCGAGCCCUCGUCUUCACAAAACAGCCUCAGUCAGUCUGACUCGCUGUCUUUGAGAAGGCCAAAACUCAGUGGGUCUCCGUCUGGAAGCAGCCAAACCAGUCCGUCACGCGCGUCGUCCGACCUCAGAGAAAGGCCGAAAAGAGAGGCUGCAGAGAGGAACCAGAGGAACGGGAGAGCUGAGGAGAGGAUGAAAGGGGAAGCAGCCAGCAGCUCUAUUGAGGAGGAUAUUCCAGCCGCAGCAAAUGACUCCAUCUGCAGUGAAAGUAUUCCCUCUGUAGGGGACGAGAAAGGUGACACUACAUCUGUGGCCACCGAGUACUCCCUGAAGUUUGAUGAGUCCAUGACGGAGGACGAGAUAGAGGAGCGCUCUUUCCGUUCCUUACUGCCGUCUGAAGCUCAUCGCCGGGGAACCAUGGAGAAGAAGUCACACCGCCAGGCGGGAGCAGAAGACGGCGGUGACUGUAUCAAUGAAACGUUGGUCCCAGAGACGGAGUCAUGCAGUUCCUUUAAGUCUCUCGACGCGCGCAUCGCCUUUUCCGGUGGGCAGGACAGCUUUUCUCAGUUCACGAUGGAAAUGGUGCGUCAAUACAUGAAGGAUGAGGAGGUGAGGCUGCAGCACCAGAGUUCUCUGCUGCACCUGCGGCAGAAAGCUCUGAAGGAGAAGACGAGGACGGAACUGGCCUGGCUUGAGCACCAGAAGAAGAAGCUGAGGGACAAGGGGGAGGAUGAUAAAAUGCCGCCGCUCAGGAAAAAGCAGAGGGGACUCCUGCUUAGGCUCCAGCAGGAGCAGGCUGAGAUCAGGAGACUCCAGGAAGCCAACAAAGCCGCUAGGAAAGAAAGGCAGUUGUUGCUGAAACAGCAGGAGGAGAUCGAACGGAUGAGAAACUCAACACUCCGACUGAAGGAGCGUCUCAAGUGCGCAGAGGGAGAAGCUCCCCCUGAGACUCCGGUGUCAGAACCUUCGGGCCCUGAACUCCCCUCCCCGACGCUUCCCGACGAGAUCCGCAGCCCCUCUCCUUCGCUCUCCGUCUCCGGGAGCGAGACCAGCAGCAUCAUGCAGAAGCUUAAGAAAAUGCGAUCCCACAUGGAUGAAAAACUCUGUUCCCCUGUCCACUACUUCUUCUCUGUGUUCACGGCCCACCACUGGGCCUCCCUCAGUGUCUGUCUUCCCAACCUCCACCCUAAAUUCCAGCUCUUUAUCUACAACCAGUUGGUCAGGUUUCUGACCAAGCGAGAGCAGCAACUGAUGCAAAGGCGUCACCACGCCGAGGAGCUGCUGCAGUGGAAGCAGCAACUGGACCAGGAGGAGGCAGAGGUCCGAAGGAUGGAGAAAGAGGCCUUGGCUGCGUGGGACCAGAGGAGGCCUCGGGAGAAGGAACCUAAAACGCCUGAGAGCGAUGGGAAAGAUGUGUCUGAUACCGGGUCGCAGGCCUCUCACCAGCAAAGCUUAGAGCCCAGAUAUGACAGUGAAAAGGAGGUUGUAAGCGAAGACAACUGCUCCUCAAUUACCACCGAGUCCAGCAUACACACAGAGGGAGCAGCUUCUCAGCACCUAGGAAGUCCAUCCUCCGCGCAUCCGGCCUCGGUCGCUGAAACGCCGCUGGCCUCCGUUCAGGGCAGCCAUGCUUCGUACACACAAGACUUUUCCACUGAGUCGCAGCUGCCUGCUGCAAAUUCCUCCCCACUCAAAGGCGGCCACAGCCCUGCUGCCUCUCCGUCGGACGGCAGCGAUGAGACCAAGACGCAUCUCCGCUCCGCCCCCCGGACACACAGCGACGCUUUCACUCAGGUCCUCGACCCCCCCACAGCUAUGCAGUCUGAAAACAUUUCAGACCAGAGUGACAUCGAGAGUCGUAUCAAGGCACUGAGGGAGGAGCUGAGAAAGCGUAAGAUUAUGGCCAACCAGCUAAAAAAAGAGCAGAAGAAGCGUCACAAGGAGCGCCUGAAGGCGCAGGAGGCCAACCUAUUGAAGCAACUCGAGAACUAUAACAACUUCAUUGAGAAAACAAAAGCAGAACUGAGCAAGCCGCCAGCCUCCUCCCCUGAUGCAACGUCACACGUUAAUGACUCCAGCUACAUCCUGGAGCAGUCGUCCAUUAAACCUUCUUCCCACAGGUCUGACAGCAUCAGAAGCUCUGCCUCUGGAGGGACGCUCAUCGACGCCUCAUUAAGCCGAAAUGCUGUUCAGCCUCAUCAUAGCAGCGCUGCAUCCAAAGCGUUGCCUGAAGAUUUAUCCAACGAGGAGCCUGACCCUCCCGAUGUGACCGUACACAGCAGACCGUUUAGCGAUCCUCUGUCCGAGUCUCCUUCCAGAUCUCCAUCCAAGCCGCAGUCGGAGGACGAGAACCUUUUGUCUGCCCAUAGGUCUGAUAUUGAGGAAGAGUUAGACGUGGAGGUAAACUCCAGGUCUGAGGAUGAGCAGUCUCAUCACCUUCUCCAGCUUGACUCCCAGGAGAGGUUAACAGCAUCCGAACGCGUUCCCCCGUUCACGGAUGAGGAACACGAGCGGCCCUCGUCUGUCAGCUCAGAUCAGGAAGAACCGAAGAAACUCAGCCAAACAUCCGGGCCGGAGGAAGCUUUAAUGCCGAAUACCAUUACAGCUGGUGCUCCUCAUCCAGCGGUGGUCAACCUGGAGGCCUCUGACCCCCCCCUCUCCCCAGACUCAGUGGGCUUCUCUUCAAGUAAAGAGCCACUCGUAAAGGAUCUGGAUAUUUCUGCCAGAACCAAUGGCUAUCACGAGGACUUUGAAUCAGCAAACUCUUCGCCCAGGGAGGAACUUGAGUCUCGAAUCUCCCCUCCCCGUACGCAAAGUAAGGAUUCGUCUCGGGCGACCCCCACUUUUGACAGCCAAGAAGACGAGGUAGAAGAAGAAGACAUACCUGAGGAGAUGAGUCAGCACUCUGGUACCAGCGACCACAGCCAACAUUCAGAGAAACUGCUGCAGCUCCAGCACAACGGAAAAGAUUCAAAGUUUGACGAUAAGACCGAGUUUUCCGGCCAGACACCCGCUUCUCCUCUCGUUCCGGACGAAAUGCCCGGCUUUCGUCUCGGAGACCGGGUUCUUGUCGGAGGCGUUCAGCCGGGCACCCUGAGGUUCAAAGGCCCAACCAGCUUUGCCAACGGCUUCUGGGCCGGCGUGGAGCUGGACAAAUCCGAAGGGAGCAACAACGGCACUUACGACGGGGUCGUCUACUUCGAGUGCGAGGAGUCCCACGGCAUCUUUGCUCCUCCGGACAAAGUCUCGCACCUCCCGGAGAGGUUUGAGCUCUACGCAGACACCACAGAAGACGACGACUCUUUCUUUGAUGACUUAUCCGACAAAGACGGGGAGAAACACAAACCGGUGAAAGACGGUUCUCAAAAACGAGAAGGUCCAGAAAUCAAAAAGCAACAAGCGUCUGACGAGGGAAGUAGAGAUGAAAAGGCUUUGGAUGAGGAGGACCAGACCAAACCCCACCUCAACUCACACGAGCCUCAAAUUCACAACGUCCACACGAAGGACGUCAUUUUGGACUUGGGCGACGCAUCCCGCACACCGCCCGUCCCAGACGAAGACCGAAUGGAGGAGAAGAACGAUGAGACGACAGCCAUUGUUGGCAUUAAGCAGGAUGCCACAGAUCAGACGACAGAAAUCGACAAUGAUAAGAGAGAGCAGAAGGAAAGAGAUCAGCUGGAAACAUUGGCAGAUAAGCUUCUCAGCAACUUCAUUAAAGAUUCCUUUAAGCAGUGUGCGGAAAUAAAAACGGCCAAAGAAGAAAAGAUCAGAAAUGCCAACCAGUUAAACGGACCUUUGUCUCUCGGAAAUAAUGAAGAAAGGUGGAUGUCUUCGGUGGAGCAAAAGGAUAAUCUACCCUUCUUUCUAGCGGCUGAGAAGGAGGAGCUGUCUUCCCCUGAGCUGUGCAACAGAGUGGAGAGUCCGGUGUUUGGCCGCAGUGGUCAAGAGGAGCUCGCCAAGCGCCUAGCUGAGCUGGAGCUGAGCCGCGAAGUCCUGGAGGACCUCGGGGACGACCAGGACUGGUUCGACGAGGACUUUGGUCUCAGCUCGCGCAGGCGGCAGCAGAGACUCAAGCAAAAAGAGGAGCUGGGAGAUGAACCCGCCGGCUCUGCCUCGUCCCCAGAGCCACACAUGGGGGGGCUGGGUUCAUCGUUAGGUGGGGAGUUGCCGGUUAAGACCCCGCCGAGACCCGAGCUCCCCCUGCCCUUGCCUCCCAAACUGCCCGAGCAGCCCGCCGUGGUGGUGCCCUGCUCGGCCACAGAGGUGGAGAAGAUGGUCCACUGUGCCACACGGGAGAUCUGGGAAACCUUUGACCUGGGGAAGGAGGGGUCUCUUAUCCUUGAACAACUUCCAAAGCCUACACCGUCCCAGGAGUAUCUAGGUCAGGAGUCCAGCAGCCAGGACCAGGAAGCCCUCUCUAUCAGAAGUUACAAGAAGGCUGUGUAUGACCUGACAUGGGAGAUACUUAAGGAAAUCUUCGCUGAAGACCCAAAUACCGAUCAGCCUCAGUGGGUCAAGUCUCGUCAGGUGAAGCCCUCCUUCGUUCACAGGGUCAAGACGUCUGGAGACGUCAACAAAAUUCAGGAAUUUGUCACAGAAGAAGUGCUAAAACUGUACGGUCUGACACAAGAUCAGAGUCAAAAGACCGACUGGCAGAAGAUGCUCAAAUUUGGCAGGAAGAAGCGGGACAGAGUCGACCACCUACUGGUCCAGGAACUUCACGAGGAGGAGGCCCAGUGGGUCAACUACGACGAGGACGAGCUCUUCGUCAAGAUUCAGCUGGCGGACAGCAUAUUCGAGGCUUUGCUGAAGGACACCGCAAACACGUUCACACUAAUUUCUGACAAGAGAGCCAAAAGAGGGGCUCUCUCCUGACCUCUCCUGACCU